AUGCCUGGCGGACGUCGAGGACUUGUUGCACCGCAGAACACAUUCCUGGAGAACAUCAUACGGCGCUCGAACUCACAACCGGACAGUUCGUUUCUAUUGGCCAACGCACAGAUUGUGGAUUUUCCGAUUGUGUAUUGCAAUGAGUCCUUUUGCAAGAUUAGCGGCUAUAAUCGUGCUGAAGUCAUGCAGAAGUCGUGCAGAUGCGGCUUCAUGUAUGGCGAGCUGACAGACAAGGAAACGGUGGCGCGGCUGGAGUUCACAUUGGAGAAUCAGCAGCAAGAUCAGUUCGAAAUUUUACUCUACAAAAAGAACAAUGCUCAAUGCGGCUGCACGAUGUCGAAGUAUGGAAAGUCGCAACCAGGUACAAAACGCCCGGUUGACUCAAAGCUGCAGCAGCUAAUAAAAAAUGGCAAAUUAGAAACUCCGCUAUGGCUGCUGUUACAGGUUGCGCCCAUACGCAACGAAAGGGAUUUGGUUGUGUUAUUUCUGCUAACAUUUCGGGACAUCACGGCACUGAAGCAGCCGAUCGACAGUGAGGACACAAAGGGUGUUUUAGGUUUAUCGAAAUUCGCCAAACUGGCGCGUUCGGUGACACGAAGCCGUCAAUUCAGCGCACAUCUGCCAACACUAAAGGAUCCAACGAAGCAAUCCAACCUGGCGCAUAUGAUGUCACUCAGCGCCGAUAUUAUGCCACAAUACAGACAAGAAGCGCCUAAGACGCCGCCACACAUUCUUUUGCAUUAUUGUGCAUUUAAAGCAAUUUGGGAUUGGGUGAUAUUAUGUUUAACAUUUUAUACCGCCAUUAUGGUGCCAUACAAUGUAGCUUUUAAAAACAAAACUUCAGAAGACGUUUCAUUACUCGUCGUUGACUCCAUUGUAGAUGUUAUAUUCUUUAUAGAUAUCGUUUUAAAUUUCCACACAACGUUCGUGGGCCCCGGCGGUGAGGUCGUCAGCGACCCCAAAGUGAUACGCAUGAACUACCUAAAGUCCUGGUUCAUCAUCGAUCUGCUCAGCUGCCUGCCAUACGACGUCUUCAACGCUUUCGAUCGCGAUGAGGACGGCAUUGGCUCGCUCUUCAGUGCGCUGAAAGUGGUGCGUCUGCUGCGACUGGGGCGCGUGGUGCGCAAGCUAGACCGCUAUCUGGAAUAUGGCGCCGCCAUGCUCAUACUGCUGCUCUGUUUCUACAUGCUGGUGGCGCAUUGGCUGGCCUGCAUCUGGUACUCGAUCGGCCGCAGCGAUGCCGAUAAUGGAAUACAGUACAGUUGGCUGUGGAAGCUGGCCAAUGUGACGCAAUCGCCAUACUCGUACAUCUGGAGCAACGACACCGGACCGGAACUGAUAAAUGGUCCGUCGCGCAAGAGUAUGUAUGUGACGGCGCUGUACUUCACCAUGACAUGCAUGACUUCGGUGGGGUUCGGCAAUGUGGCCGCCGAGACGGACAACGAGAAGGUGUUCACCAUCUGCAUGAUGAUUAUUGCAGCGCUGCUGUACGCGACGAUAUUCGGUCACGUGACGACCAUCAUCCAGCAGAUGACCUCAGCGACAGCGAAGUACCACGACAUGUUGAAUAAUGUGCGCGAGUUCAUGAAGUUGCACGAGGUGCCGAAGGCGCUCAGCGAACGCGUCAUGGAUUAUGUGGUCUCCACGUGGGCCAUGACCAAAGGCUUGGACACCGAAAAGGUACUAAACUAUUGUCCGAAAGAUAUGAAGGCUGACAUUUGUGUUCAUCUAAAUCGCAAAGUAUUUAACGAGCAUCCAGCAUUUCGUCUUGCCUCGGAUGGUUGUCUACGCGCGCUAGCCAUGCACUUCAUGAUGUCGCACUCGGCGCCGGGCGAUCUGCUCUACCACACCGGAGAGAGCAUCGACAGUUUGUGUUUCAUAGUGACCGGCAGUUUGGAGGUGAUACAGGACGAUGAAGUUGUGGCAAUAUUGGGUAAGGGCGACGUCUUCGGCGAUCAAUUCUGGAAGGAUUCGGCUGUUGGCCAGAGCGCUGCCAAUGUGCGCGCCCUAACCUAUUGUGAUUUGCAUGCCAUCAAGCGUGAUAAAUUGCUCGAAGUCCUCGAUUUCUAUUCGGCAUUUGCGAAUAGUUUUGCACGCAAUCUGGUGCUCACCUACAAUUUAAGACAUCGACUGAUUUUUCGCAAGGUGGCCGAUGUGAAGCGCGAGAAAGAAUUGGCCGAACGGCGUAAAAACGAACCUCAAUUGCCUCAAAAUCAAGACCAUCUGGUGCGUAAGAUAUUCUCGAAAUUCCGUCGUACGCCGCAGGUGCAAACCGGCUCCAAAGAGGUUGUCUCCGGUCAAAGUGAUGUGGAGAAGGGCGACGGCGACGCGGAUCGCACCAAGAAGUUGCCUGCUAAAUUAACCCUCACAGAGGACUCACGCAUCCUAACAACAGCUGCCGCACCCUCUCCAACGCCAUCACCCUCGCCCUCAUCGGGUCCACCAUCUGCGCGUAGUACGCGUGCUAGUAAAUGGGGGCGCCUUUUGGGCAGUUCAAGUGUCGAUUCGGCUAGCGAUACAAGCGCCAAGGUAGCAGUCUCGAGAAGUUUGAGCGCCCGCGAAAGUCUGCGUGAGAGCACUGCCCAAGCGCGGCAGAGCAGUACUUCGAGUAGUAAUGGUGGACAAGGCAAUAAAGUUUUUCCUAAAGCUCCUAAACUACAGGCUAGUCAAGCGGCGCUCGCGCGCCAGGAUACAAUCGACGAAGGCGGAGAAAUUGACGCCUCGCCUCCCAGUCGCGACACGCGACUAGUUGGGGAAAGUGGCUCGGCAGCAGCAGUAGCGGCGGCUGCACUGGCAGCUAAAGAGCGCAACCUUGCAUUGGAGCGUGAAAGGCAAAUCGAAAUGGCUUCGUCACGUGCCACCACCUCGGACACCUAUGACACAGGUUUGCGCGAACAGCCACCCACAAUGGCGCAACGCGAUUUGAUCGCAACCAUGUUGGAUUUAAAAGUCGAUGUCCGUCUGGAAAUGCAGCGCAUGCAGCAGCGCAUCGGACGCAUUGAGGACUUAUUAGGUGAGCUGAUGAAACGUUUACCUGCACAGGAAUCGUCGGGUCAAACAACGCCAGCUGAUGAGCUCGGAUCCGGUAGUGGUGGUGGUGGCGUGCCUGGUGCGGCCGGCAGCACGGUACUGACUACACGCAUUGGUGUAGUCGAUGGCGGCGGUGGUGGCACACACUCGACCGCGGUUACGCCAGCUGCGGACACUGUGAUAACUAUAUCAACGGUGCCGCCCACGCCACCCAUUAGCACAAGCGCCGCCUCGGGUGUAGUGGUACAGAUCGGCGGUGUAGGUGGUGGCGGCGCAGGAGGCGUUGGUGUGCCUACAACUACGACGUCCGCAACCGUGGCGGUAGGCGCAGGCUCCACGCCCAUUCCACAAACACUGAGCCUGCUUAGCCCAGCACAGAUGGGGUCAGCGGCGACACAAGGCGGCAAUGGACUGGGACCGCUAAUGCUGAAAAAACGGCGUUCGAAGAGCAGGAAGGCACCAGCGCCUCCCAAGCAGCCAUCACAUGUGCAGAGUCCAGAGCAGCAGCGUUUGCUGGAAGAGGAACCCAUUGUGACGGCCACGACGGUAGUGCCGGUGACGGCGCCAACAGUAACAACGCCAACAACAGCUACUUCGAGCAGCGCAGCCACAUCGCCCACAACGGCCGGACCGUCGUCGCUGGGCGGAGGUGGCAACACCAGCGGCACAUCUAGCGGCAGCGGCAGUGGCGGUGGUGGACGCAGCAAACGUGAAUUUCUCUAGCCCAAGAUAUUGGUGCGCCAUCAAUCGGACACUGGCAGCAGCUUCGAGCAAUAAUACGGCGAAUAAAGCAGACUGCGCAAGACGAUGGCGUACAGCUGAAGGAAGCUGCGGAACGCUUCAUGUUCAUUUUAGGCUGCUGCGGCUUCUGCUGACUAAGUUUUAGUAUAACAUAGCAUAGCAUAAGAUGUUUUUCAGUAAUUAAAUUUUCUGUCAACUAGAGUAUAGAAGCUUUCGAAAGCUUAAAAUUUAGCGAGCUAAAUUGCGAACUGCGACACGCAAAGCAACUUGAAGCGUCGAGCAGAAAAAUAUUUGUGAUAACCAACCAGAUAUUAUGACUAUGAAAAAUUAUAAAAACAAAAUAAAUCUAUAAAAAUUAAAUGUCACCUAGUUAAAAGCAAACCACAAGACCUGUUAUAAGCCGCUUAGAAAAUUUGUAAAUUUAUUUGUAAAUAUGUAUUACAAAGCGAGUUCAAAUGCUCGCCUGUUGAAGCUGUGUAGAUAUAUAAUAUGCAUAAAUAGAUUAUACAUGCCAGACAGAGGCGGAGACGAAGACGGAGGCAUAGGCCAAAACGUCUCGCAGUACAGUCAUAAAUAACUAUAGAUUCAUUAUAGAUACUUAACGACGACAGCAGAAAUACUUCGCUUGGUGAAGCUCCUUGCCUUUUUGAGGAAUUGAAUACCCACUAAUUUGCAAACAAAAAAAAAACAAAAAAAAUUGUCUUCAACAAAGCUCGAUUUACUGCUACUUGGCUGUGUAAUUUUUCCGAACCACUUUUUUAUGGUUUUGUGGCAAUAUUUUAAUUCCGCUAAUCUUAUUUUGGGAACGGGGCGAGCUUAAAACAUCGCAAUACAAAGCCUAUAGCAAAGCUUAAAGCGCUCAACAGCAAUCCAACUUUUUUAAUCUGGUUUGAUAAACAUUCUCUACUAAAAACAAUUCAAAGACAUUUUGGAAAAUAUACUAGAGUAGGUUCACAAUAAACUUCAAACAUCGAAAACAGUUAUUGAAAGCUCUUGAAAAGCUCAUAAUGCAAUUACAAAAAAUGUUUGCUUUGCGAGAAAAAAAAAACUCAGAAGAAUGGACAAAUAUUAGGCUUUUCGCUUACGUAUAAAUUGAUAUCAUGCAAAAGCAAGAAAACUAAGAUUUAUUAUUUGCUAUUUCUAGCCCUCACUGUACUCAAUUUUGUUGUUUCAUUUCGUACAAUAUAAUUACUCCACUUUGCCAGAUAUCCUGCUGGCAUGGCUAUGUAGUCCUUCCCUUAAGCGAAGCCCAUCUUUGUCGGCUAACAAAGCGUACACAAUGUUGCCAUAUAUUUGUUUUAAAAAUAGUUAUUUUAUCUUCUGAGUCUUUAGAACGAGAAUGUUGCAUAAUUAACUGCCACACAAAACAAAGCGAACAUUUUAAGAGAACGCAAAGACAAGCAGAGAAUAUAAAAUUUAAUGAAUAUA